AUGCCGCCUUUGCGGGCCGGCAGAGCGUCCAAAGCAUGCGAUGCAUGCCGCAAGCAGAAAACGCGCUGUUACACAUCCGACAACAAUAGAGGCGUCUGCCUUCGUUGCGAAACACUGUCACAACCAUGUUCACUCGAAUCUUCUCCAAGCCAGCAGUCAAGACGCAGCAGCAUAGACAAAUCAUUAGCCACCAGCCGAGAUCUUGCCGUGGAUGCAAGGCUUGAACGCCUGGAGAACACAGUACAAGCUCUGGUGGAGAGGCUUGAUCAGUCUCAUGGUGUUGCAAGUGGUGUCAGUCCUACGACCUCGAACAGACCACAGCCGAGGCUUCACGCCCAGAAUUUGCCUGAAGAAAAAGACUCGGCGCCAGUGCUUUUGAUCCGCGAUGCCGCUGCCGCCGCCGGUGUCCGGUCGCCUGACCAAGGUCACACUCUACCGAAGCGUUAUUCGGAUGUUAUAUCUAGCGGUCUGGUGUCAUUGAAAACCGCACACACCCUGAUGUCCUUGUUUCAUGUCCACUAUGGUCGUUGGGUCAAAUUUGCCGAAGACAUAACUACCGAGACACUAUUAUUGCAGGUCAGGAGGUCACCAUUGUUACUAUGUAGUAUUCUCUUGAUUGCGGUACGACACACCACACAGGAGCUUGCAGACUCCCUGGCGCCUGCUUUGUACGAAGAGGCGAAGAGCCUUGUCGCCCCUGCCCUCCUCACGGUGCCACAAUCCACUGAGUUCUUCCAGGCCGCUCUCAUAUUGAGCCUUUGGUCCACAACAAUCGGACAAGUGCCCCUGAGUAUCGACAGCUGGCUUUUGACUGGCUACGCGAUCCAGCAAAGCCUGGCUAGCCCUUAUUUCAAUCGGGUUUUCCAAGAAGAGCAGGACUUGCACGUAAGCAAAGCUGAUCUCGAUGCGUGGUGCAUCUGGAACCAUCUGUGUGUUGCACAUCUUCAGUACUGCGUUGGCACUCGAAGGCAGGCACUCCUGAACCAAGCGCAAAUCGACCAGUGCCUUCGUUUCCUCGAAUCUGAUAACGUCACAAACUUCGAGGCAAGAAUGGUCGCUGAGGUUCAGCUCUACUGGAUCAUAUACGACAAGUGCUACGACUCCGACAUUGACUCGGCAGACACCAAGCGAACCUUGCAAGAGUGGCAGCGGGAGUGGGCGGUGUUGUUCAAUCAACCACGCUCCCAAUUCCUCCAGAUGGGUUUCCAUUUUGCUCAUCUGCUUGCCUACUGCCAGUCACUGAAGUCGACCCACGCGGUGAUGCGCCUCCCGCUGUUGAUUGAAAUGAUCCAGCUGUCCAAAUCCAUCAUCAAUCUUGCCAUGGAUACAACGGACGAACGCACAAGACACUUGACCGAUCACAUAUAUCACGUCAUAACGUUUUCUGCACUCACAUUGUGUCGGCUCGUUCAUACUUAUGAAUCCAAACUUCGGGCAGCUAGACAAGACAUUGAGGCUCUUGACCAUCUUGUAAUGCGGCUCAUUAGCUGGUUCAAGACGAUAGGUCUCCCGUGUCAUGCUGCGCAUAUACUUGGCAACGCUGUUUCUGCACAAUUCAAAAAACUACGCCCGGCCUUUCAACCCGAGCUCCAACUUGCAGGCCAUGACUACCUAGGAACCAAUGACGGCACGUCCUGGUCUGACCAACAAAUUGGCGCAAUUGGCAACAACAGCUUCGUGUAUCCUGACUUUAUCGGAUCCGAGUUGUUCGAUGUCAAUGCUUCGUCCUGGCCCCAAUGGGAUAUGAUCUUGUCUGAUGCUGACAUGUCUGUAUGA